AUGGAGAUUGUGAGGCAACGCAAACGCGACAUCGUCAAUAGCUUCCGAUCUGGAAGUGAGCGUAGGGUCCGCGAAGCUGGAGUGGAUUUGAUCAUGGGGACAGCAUCCUUUAAAGACGAGCGCACGAUUCAGGUGGUUGGCGCAGAUGGCGUCCAGAAAGCUCUCACUGCCGACCGUAUCUUCAUUUGCGCUGGAGAGCGCCCAGCAAUACCGGCAAUAGAUGGAUUCAAUUCUGACUCAUUUCCGCCGGAUGUUAUCCUGGACUCAACUUCUAUUCAAGAGCUUGGAGUGGUCCCAUCGCACCUUGUGGUUAUUGGAGGAGGAUAUAUCGGCCUCGAGUUUGGUCAACUUUUCCGCCGAUUGGGCGCCGCCGUUACAAUUAUACAGCGAGGUGCACAAUUAGUUCCUCGCGAAGAUCCCGAAGUGGCUGAGGCAAUGCUCAAUAUACUACAAGAAGACGGCAUCAAAGUUCUUCUGCAAGCAAACCCUACAGCGAUUCGUGCUACUAGCAGUCGAGAUCCAGCUGCGGCCGUCGAAGUAUCAGUCACGGUUUUGAAUCAAGACAGGCCAUCUGAGCUCUCAGCCUCCCAUGUUCUCUUCGCUGCCGGUCGUACGCCUAACACCGACAAGUUGAAUCUAGCUGCUGCAGGCAUCGAUACCACUUCUCGUGGUCACGUUGUUACCGACACACAGCUACGCACUACUAACCCUCGUGUAUGGGCACUUGGCGAUGUCAAAGGCGGACCAGCCUUCACACACAUAUCAUACGAUGAUUUCCGCCUGUUGCGUACUAAUUUACUGGAAAAUGGAGAACUCACCACCACAGACCGAAUCAUACCGUAUGUUGUCUAUACAGAUCCGCAGCUUGGCCACGUUGGUUUACACGAGCAUGAGGCCCGCGCCAAAUUCCCCGAGCGGAAGAUUCAGGUCGCUAGCAUGCCAAUGUCUUACGUUGCUCGAGCACUGGAGACGGACGAAUCUAGAGGACUGAUGAAAGCGGUAGUCGAUGCUGAGUCGCAGCAGAUUCUUGGAUUUACGUGUUUGGGGAUUGAGGGAGGCGAAAUCAUGAGCCAGGUACAGAUGGCGAUGAUUGGAAAAGUCAAAUGGCCUGCUCUGAGCAAUGCUAUAUGGGCGCAUCCGUCAUUAGCCGAGAGCUUGAACAAUAUCUGGGGGUUUCUGAAAUAG